AUGGCCCUCCGUGGAUUCAACACCUCCUCCGACACCAUCACCCUCAAGGGCAACCACAUCCUCUGCAGCCGCUGCAAACGACCCGACGGCUCCUGGGGCUUUUCCGAACUCGAUCUGAAUGAUUGCCUGGGCAACAACAACGGCAAGUUUGUCUGGGGCGGGGGCUCGUUCGCCGACAGCGCGGCGCAGGUCCAUCUUGCGCUGGAGGGAGCGGAUGCGAGACCGAUGCUGCAUGCGCAGCUGAAUGACCGGCAUGGCAGCGUGCAGUCUGCGUCGGUGAAUCUGGCCGAAUGUAUCCAGAAUGAAGCUGGGGGGUUGGAGUAUAUGCAUUGUUGA